AUGGAUGUCGAAGCACUUCUUAAACAGCUCACGCUAGAGGAGAAGAUCUCUCUCACAGCUGGCGUUGGCUGGUGGCACACGGCAACAGUCGAGCGCUUGGGAAUCAAGCCUAUUCGUCUCUCCGAUGGUCCCAACGGCGUUCGCGGUACACAUUUCUUCGACAGCACACCUUCCGCAUGCCUACCAUGCGGAACCGCCAUCGGCGCAACAUUCGAUGUCGAACUCGUCCAAAGGCUCGGUCGGCUGCUGUCAGAUGAAGCUCACGCAAAGGGGGCCCACGUCUUGCUCGGACCUACAAUCAACACUCAGCGUGGCCCUCUCGGCGGACGUGGCUUCGAGUCAUACUCCGAGGAUCCGGUGCUGUCUGGCAUCCUCGCCGGCAACUACGUCAACGGAGUUCAAGAGUCGGGCGUGUCAGCCACGCUGAAGCACUUCGUGUGCAACGAUCUCGAAAGCGAGCGCAUGGCCGUCAAUGCCAUCGUAACAGACCGCGCCAUGCGCGAGAUCUACUUACUGCCUUUCAUGAUCGCCAUUGAGAUGGGCAAGCCCCGCGCGAUCAUGACCGCCUACAAUAAGGUCAACGGCACACAUGCGGCGGAAAGCAAGCAGGUUCUGCAGGACAUCCUGCGCGACGAGUGGAAGUGGGACGGACUGGUCAUGAGCGACUGGUUCGGGACCUACAGCACAUCCGAGGCUAUCAAGGCCGGGCUCGAUCUCGAGAUGCCAGGCCCUAGCAGAUGGCGCGCCGGAGCCCUCUCUCAUGCUAUCAUGUCUAACAAGGUCAAGCGGUCAGAGCUCGACUCGGCGGUGCGGAACGUCUUGAAGCUGGUCAAGCAGGGCCUUGAGAACACCUCAAUCCCGCCCAACGCCCCGGAGACUGAGGCGAACACACCAGAGCACAUUGCUCUCCUGCGCGAAGCAGCCGCCAAGUCCCUGGUACUCCUGAAGAACGACAGGAGCAUCCUGCCCUUUGACAAGAACAAGAGGAUCGCCGUCAUUGGGCCCAACGCAAACAUCGCAACCUACUGCGGAGGCGGUAGUGCCGGACUGAGAGCGUACAACACCGUUACUCCCCUGGAGGGCGUCAAGUCACUCGCCAGUGAUGUAGUCUUCUCACAAGGCGCCUACGGCCACCAGUCUCUUCCUCUCCUCGGCAAGGCCCUCGAGACACCAAACGGAAAGCAAAAGGGCUUCGUGCUCCGUAUUUAUAACGACCCCCCACCAAAGGACACCGCGAGCUCGGCCGACAGCCGGCAACCGCUAGAGGAGCGCGUCCUCGACGACGCCAACAUCUGGUUCGUCGACUACGAGAACGCCGACCUCAACCCCAUCUGGUGGGCCGAGACGGAGGGUACCCUGGUCCCCGAGCGAUCGGGAGAGUGGGACUUUGGCCUGUCGGUCCACGGCACCGGCGAGCUCUUCAUCGAUGGCAAGCUUGUCGUCUCCAACGUCGAAAACCAGCGCCUCGGCAGCAGUUUCCUCGGCUGCGGAACGGUCGAGGAGACCGGCACCAUGCACCUGGAAGCUGGACAAAGCUACCGCGUCCUGGUGCGCUUCGGCUGCUCGGCGACCAGCAAGGUCAAGGCCUCCGGCACCGUCGACUUUGGCCAGGGCGGCGUCCGCUUCAGCGGUUGCCCCAAGCUUGAGCCUGCCGUCGCAACCCAGGAGGCCGUGGAGGUCGCCAAGAGCGUUGACCAGGUCGUUGUGUGCACCGGUCUGAGUGGCGAGUGGGAGUCUGAAGGCUUUGACCGGACGACGAUGGCUCUGCCCCCCGGUACCGACGAGCUUGUUGCGGCGGUGUUGGCGGCGAACCCCAACACGGCUGUGGUCGUUCAGAGCGGCACGCCGGUUUCCAUGCCUUGGAUUGACCAGGCCGGCGCUGUCUUGCAUGCUUGGUUUGGCGGCAACGAGUCCGGUAACAGUAUUGCGGACGUCCUCUUUGGAGAGGUUAAUCCGGCCGGAAAGCUUCCCCUUACGAUGCCGCGCCGAGUGCAAGACAACCCCGCAGCACUGAGCUUCCGCUCAGAUAACGGCCGCUGCUUGUAUAGCGAAGAUGUCUACGUCGGCUACCGCUGGUACGACACGCUUGACAUUGAGCCCUUGUUCCCCUUCGGACACGGUCUUUCAUACACGACAUUCAGUGUCUCUGAUCUCGAGGUGUCCGAUGCAUCGGUCCACGCCAACGGCAACAACACAAUCACGAUCCAGGAGGCGGAUAACCUCCUCGUCCGCGUCAAGGUCGCCAACACGGGCUCUCGUGCCGGUUCCGAAGUCGUUCAGGUCUACGUUACACCGGCGGCACGCACCCCUCUGACCAGCACAACUCGCGAUACCAUCACCCGUCCCAAGAAGGAGAUGAAGGGCUUCGCAAAGGUCGCCCUGGAAGCCGGAGCCAGCGCCACGGCAGAGAUCUCUCUGGAUGUUCUGCGUGCGACGAGCUACUGGAGCGAGAUGGAAGACUGCUGGCGUAGCGAUGCCGGCUCGUACGGCAUUCUUGUGGGAACCAGCAGUCGUGGAGCCUUCCUCGAGAAGACCGUCAAGGUGGAGAAGUCAAGGACAUGGAGGGGAUUGAGAGCUUAG